CUCUGGUGUUUUUUGCUCUGUUUACCGAAAGCUGGGCUGUUUAUUGGAGAUAAAGAGGGGGGAGAGUUUAACGGUGUAAAUCGGGGUAAUGACGCUGUGGAUGAUCCGCUGAAUUCGGUUCUAUAUGAAGAGCAAAGCGAGCCCGGGGCAGCGGAUUAUAUGCUGUCAGAAAUGUCUUCUGAUGAGGAUUUCUCUAUUGUAACUGGUGAUGACUUAAAGCUUCAGAGAGUCCAAGAGAAGAUUGAAAAGCUCAAGGCGGAUCAUGACGCCCUGCUGAAAGACCAGAAGCUACUCUUGGACGCCAGGAACAGCAAUGUCCAGUUUACUCAGGAGUUCCAGCUGCGAGCUGAGAACCUCAGAAAGAACCUGGAGGAGGAGAAGCUCAAAAAGGCCGAGGCAGAGAAGAAGGAGCAGGAGAAGCUGGAGGAUCUAAAGCAGGAGAACGAAAGGCUGGAGAUGGAGCUCAGGAGUGUGGACCAGAAACUGAAGGAUUUGGAGGAAACCAAUCAGAGCCUGAGGCAGCAGACUGAGGUGUCCACUGCAGUGCCGGAGAAGAAGGUCGUAUUUAACGGAGAGACGGCUAAUGGAGCUCAUGCUUCGGGUUUCGAUUUGAAACCCCACAUUGUGUAUCCGAUGGAGGGGGGCACUGCGCUCAUCACCUUUGAGGAUGAAGAAGUGGCUGAAAAGAUCCUGGCUCUAAAGGAGCACGAGGUGAUACUGGGUGACUGCAAAAUUGUCGUGCAGGCCGAGCCGGUGCGCUUCCUGGUGCCUGAUGUGGUGGAGAUGGACACUCAGGUUUGCCCGCGCCGCAUCCUCGUCUCCAACCUGCCCAACAAAGAGAGCAAGGAACGGAUCCUGGAUAAGCUGGAGAUUCAUUUCUCCAAAAGCAAGAACGGGGGCGGGGAGGUGGAUGAGAUCGACAUGCUGGAGGACUCUGGAAACGUGGUCAUCACCUUCGUAGACAGCAACAUUGCCAAAGGCCUUACAGAUAAACAGACUCACGAGGUGGAGAUGGAAAGAGGAAAGAAGCACAAAGUGAAGGUCACCCCCUUCCUCAACGGCGACAUCACGCUUCUCCAGACUCGUAACGUGGUCUGCGACAAGACGGUGCUCCUGACGGGAAUCCCCACUGUAAUGGAUCAGGACAACCUGCAGGACCUGCUGGAGAUUCACUUCCAGAAGACCGCCAACAGCGGAGGAGAAGUGGACGCCAUCAUCUACAACCCUGAGGGCCAGAAGACUCUGGCCGUGUUUGAACAGGAUUCUUCUGAAGACGAGCAGAACCAGUGAGAGUGACCGGUGCAGCCUGACCGCAGCCAAACUGUGACAAUCUCGAUAUAUGCUGUCAUUAUUUAGCAAUAUGGCUCAGUUCAGGUUUUUGCUGCUAAUAUAAGAUUGAGGAAGAUGAUGGAUAAUUUUGUGAUGAUUUUAUCCAAUUAUGCAAAAGUUUAGACGCACCUGUCCAGUGACGCUGUUAUUGAUUUUUAUAAGU